CACUCUCAUAAAGACCUGUCAAUUGUAACUUGUGAGGAUUAUGAAUUGAACACACAAAAAUCAUGUCUUUGUAAAAAAUUUGAAUAUAAAUAAAUCAACAAAACAGUGACAAAAUUGGACAAAUGCCCUUACAUUUUCACUUCAUGUCUCCUUUCUCUUCUCCACCCGCCUAGUAACGUUUUUAAUCUUCCUUUUUCAACGUCAACCAAAAUUCCAGUCUACAGUGUUUCUUCUUGUUGUGUACAAUCAACGCAAAUUUCAGAUUGAUUUCAACUCAAAAAAGAUUUCAUUGAAAUUACUCACUAGGGUUGAAUUUUUGAUGUUAAAUUAGUGGAAUUCCGUCAUUUUUGUGUUGUGGGUAGUAGAAAUUCUAGAAAAUGAGCGAUGAUUCGAACAGAGAAUCACCCAGGAACAAUAAUUGUUCUGGGGUUUCACAACAUCAGUCAAUUUCUGAUGUUGUUUUGUCUGAGGGAAAAUUGUGUUUAGAUAUCGAUUAUAAGGCAGUAGUAAAGGAGUUGAAGGAAAGGGAGGAGGUUUUGUUGAAGGAGAAAGAGGAAAUUGUAAAUAGUUUGAGGGAGAGGAAUGACAUUUUGGAGGCUGAUCUUGGGGAUUGGAAGAUAAAGUAUUGUGUGAUGGAGGAGGAAUGUUGUCGAUUGAAGCGCGAUUUAUAUGAAAAGGAUGAUUUGGUGAGGGAAUUAAAAAGGGAUAUUACCCGGGCAAAGGGGAAAGAAGAGUCUUACAUUAAGAGGUAUAAUAGUUUGGAGGGUGAGGUUCAAAAAUUGGAGGAAGGGAAGCGGGAAUUAGAUCGAAAAUUGUUGGAGUUGGGUUUUGAAAAGGAAGUUGAAAUGAAUGAGAUUGUGGAGAGGAAAAAUGCUGAAUUUAAGGCUCAAUUGGCAGUGUUGGAGGGGUGUAGGGAAAAGAUCAAAGAUAAGGAUCGUUUGGUUGAAUAUUAUAAAUUGAAAGUAGAGAAAAUGGAGUUGUGUAAGGAGCAGGAGGAUAAGCAAAGGCAACUUAAAGACCUACUUAAGGCGCGGUGGGAUGAAUUUCAGGGCAUGAGAGGGUCAAAUCCACAUUUAGAGGAGUGUAAGGCUGAGUAUGAUGCCCGUGUUGAAGAGCUAAAGAAAAGUAAUGAAGAGAAGGAUGAGAAGAUUAAGAAGCUCUUAGACAAAGUUGAUAAAUUGCAAGGAGAGAAAAUAGAAAUUAAGAAAGAAAAUGAUGACCUAGUGGAUAAAUUACAAAGAGAGAAAAUAAAAAUUGAGAAAGAGAGAUAUGAAGACAUUAUAAAACUGAAAAUUGAGAAAGAGGAUUUAGGUAAAAAGAACAUGAUGCUAAAAGCAAAUUUGGUGCUGGUGAAUGAGCUGGUUUCGAAGCUUGAAGGUGAUAUGUUCACUUUUAUGUGCAAAGAUUUGGAGAGAGAUGCAAAUUUUGCAAAUGCACCUGUUGGAAAAGUUUUUUCUGGAAUCAUAAAGGCUCUCGAUGCAGGAAUGGCUAAAGAUGGAAUCCAUCAGGAAGCAGAUGCAGCUUUUGUUGCUCGCAUUACUGAACCUAAAUGCAGUUUGAAGCCUGGCAAGCAAUCUCUGGCAGCUGCAGAAAGGCUCAAAAGGAAAUUGGAUUUUGAGACUGAAACUUCAAGAGAUGACGUGGGUUCUGGCAGCAAGAGGCCUACGUCUGCUGACCCUAUCAUCAUCGACAGUGAUGAUGAAAACGGUGUCAAAGACAAAGGACGAUGUCCUGGGAGUUUGUUAGAGCAGCGAAGGCACCAACUACAUAAGAUGAAGAAACUCAAUAAUGUGAUGUGUGAACAAUCCAAGCAGGAACCAACAAAUGCUGUUUUGUCAGCUUCUAGAAGUGACCAUGCACUUAACACUUCUCAGGAGCAAAAAUUAGCAUCACCAAAAAAAUAUAAACAGAAGCACAGGAGAGGAGAUAUGGUGGCAUUGUCUAGAUUCUCGAAUGGCAAUGACAGUAAUUAUAAUCAUGGAACCCCCAAAUCCAAUAAUUGGUUGUGCCCUCAGGCUAAAGAGUUACUGACAUAUCUUCGGCAAAGGAUUCCUUAUAAGCUGGAAUAUGAUAUAGUCUAUGCUUUCGAACAGGAUGAUGACCUUUGUGCCAAGGCAGUGUGUGCAUUGUAUUGGUUAAAAAUGUCUGUCUUAUCAAAAGGAUUGGAGGAAUGUGACAUUAGCAGUGUGUCUGCUCUGGCAAAAUUACUUAUAGAUGGGGAUCCAAGCGGCCAAAUGAAGAAGUCAGUGGAUCAAGUGCAGCAGGAAGAUCUUGCAGAAUGCAGACGACUUGCUGUGAAGUACAGUGAACAAUUCUUUAACAUUUUUAGCAAAAAAAAUAAGGAUCCUCAGUUUUCUCCCGUGUCAAAUUAAAUGAUCUGCAGUACAAGUAAGCUGUUAUAGAAAGUCGCCCUCUUUAAUUUCUUGGAUGGGUUUAGACUGUUAGUAUGAAUUUGCUCAACUAACUUCGUUAGUUUUGGAAACAGUUUCGCUCAAGGCAGCUCUCUUCUGUAUAUACAUAUUACAUGUGAUUACUGAUUAGAGCUAGUAAAUGGGAUGUAGUUAGGUUGUCUUAAUUGACCCCUUUCCCUUCACCAUAGGGCAAUGCUGUAUAACUUUCACCCCAUUCUGGUUUUGAUUGUAAACUGCAUUUUGCUCUAUAUUAUCAACUUUUCUGGAUUUUUGUACUGAAAUUUCCUUACUUAUCGGU